AUGCGCUGCUUGGGGCUGUUUCUGGGCGUCGUCAUCCUUUGCAGGCUGGGCAGGACGUUCCUGUCUUCGACGCAGAGGUUCCACCGAACGAGGAUUCCACUUCGUGCAGAGGAGGAUGGCAUCCUGGAUGGAACCUUUAAGGAGGUGGCCUCCACCCUCAUCGGCGCAUCGCCCCUGCCGGGUGUGGAGAAGGAGGCGCACGAGGCCUACCAGGAAGGCUUGAACGCCCAAACCUCGGGUGAUCUCGCGACCGCCGUGCGCUCGUAUGCGCAGGCCUUGCGACUGGAGUCCGAUCCCUACGAUCGUAGCUACAUCCUGUACAACCUAGGGCUUUGCUUCGCUGAGAAUGGUGAAUACACUAAAGCUGCGAAGUAUUACAUGAUGGCAAUCGAUCAGAACUACGAGCUCUGCUCCGCCUGGAACAAUCUGGGCGUCAUUUUCCACGUGCAGGGCAUGAAGGCGGAGCAGGACUAUCGCUCCGAGCGCGCUGAGGCGCUCUUCGCCAAGGCGGCGCAGUAUUGGAACCGGGCGGCCAGCUGCUCUCCUGGCACCUACAUGGAUGCCGAGCAAUGGCUUCUGCGGACGGGCCGCGCACAGGGCGAUUGGUUGACCGGAAGGUUCACCGUCAUGGCACGAUGGCCCGACACCGCGGUGACCGACCCUCGACCAUCGAACGGGUUUUGGGCACGGUCCGGUGACCGAGAGGACCGCGUGUCGCGUGGCCGAGUGGUUGCAGUGGCUGCAGUGCAGGAUGUUUGGGGUCGGGUGGACAUCGUCACGCAUGCAAAAGCAUCGGAUCCAUGGGAGUGGAACAGGCGCGUGAACGACACGGCGGUGAUCGUCCGGCGGCAAGCGACGAAGAUCUUGAGCGCCUUUGUGCCGUGGCGAAGAGAAGAUAUGGAGGGAGGAUGGAGAAUGGCAAGCUCCAUCAUGGCAGUGCUCAAUCAUCCAGACCAUCCGGAUGUAAUACCCGUGACGUUGGAUUUGCUUCGUCGUUCCACCGACUCCGACGCGCUGCGAAACUUGGUGAUGGGCACCUUUGAGCUCUUGUGGUUCAUGGACGACGAGCCGACUCCGGAGGUGCGACGCCGGGAGGACGCCGAGGUGUCCGCCGAAAACGGCCGGAGCGGAGCGGAGCGGAGCCCAUCGGCGGCCAAGCAACUCUCACGUGUGGUGGAUGCCUCCAGGGCCAUGGUCCGAGCCCCAGCGACAAUGGAGGAGAAGGUGAGCCGGUCCACGUUGGGCGAUAUCCUCAACGAGCUCCUGCGGCGCUUUCGGAAGACCAUCGGCUCGCGGAAGAACUCCAAAGGCUACGAGUUCGCUAUCCGCCGCUGGACCACCUUGAUUCUCAACGAGUUUGUGCAGCUCAGGCGCUUUGCGCACAAGUUUGGUGCGCGAGAGACUGGGGGAGAGGGAGGGAGAGAGAGUUUGUGCCCCAGCCAGGCGCCGUGGGAGCAGUGGCACAUGCGUCGUAGCCUGCUGAGCACCCUGGAAGCCUUCGCCACAGCGCAGCCUAAGGAUCUGCUGGUGCACCUUCGGCCGUUGACCAUCUAUUUAGCUCUGGAGGAUACAUCGACGCCAGAAGAGCAGUGGGUGGCGAUCAAGGUUUGCCGCAUCCUCUCCUCGGUCCUUCCCUACGUGGCGGAGAGGCGUGGGCUCAUGGAUCAUCGUCAGGUCCAAGCGGACCUGCAGGCCUUAAUCCGAAGCCAGCCCUCCAGUGGCGUGCAUGAAGCGGUGCGCUGCUUGUGCCUGGUUGUGAAGUAUGUGACGGGAGACCUCCCGCAGAUCGUGACGCACUUGAAUGUGGCUGUGCCAUCCCUGAGCAAGCUUUGCAGCAUCGCCGAACAAAAGCCAGGGAGUUUGGAUCGCAUUCAAAUCAUGUACAUGAGUCGACAAGCUUGGGUGUUAUCCUCGAUCCUGGAGACCUUGUCGGUGGACGACUACGCCCGGAGCCCCGAGAUCGCCCACGGUGCCCACGGUGCCAACGGUCUUCGUCUUUCGACCCGGGACUCCGACCCAGUGGAAUGGUGUUUGGACCUGGACAAGAAGCCCAAGCGACGCUUGUUGCCCCGGAGUGAGCUGAAGUUUGACUUCGUGGGCAAUUCUGUGGCGGGCACCGUGGCCGAUUUGCUGCUGAGGCUCAACGAGUUGGGCGAGCCACAGCUACGGGCAGACCCCCGCAUCAGCGAGCUGCUGUCGGGCGCCUUGAGCAGCGGCGACUUGCUGCUGUGCCGCCGGGCGCUCGAGACGCUCUCCACGCUGCUGGGCUUCUUUCGCAAUGAGGCUGAGAAGGAGUCCAAGGCCAAUGCCGCUGACUUCGCCGAUUCCCGCGACGGGCAGGCCGUCGCCCGCGCGCGGUCCGGCGCCAACCGGCUCCACGGCCGCCAGGUGCUGGGACACACGGAUGGUAAGGCAUCCAAGACCAACUCGGCGAUCGAGGCCGCGCAGCCCUUGGCGGCGUUCUCUGAUCAAGUCUUAGCGCAUAUCACGCUGGCCGGCAGCGUGGGCCCAGCUGCGUUGAAGCCGAAGAAACCUCCGAAGCGCUCACGAAGCGGGGAACACGAGGAGCGGGACGGCUUUACUUUGGAGGACCUGGAAGCCCAACGUGCGGAGAGCGUCCUGCGCGUGCGGGUGGAGGCGCUGGCGGUGGCACGGCACCUGCAUCAGCAGGGCUUGGUGAAUCCCAUGACGGUGCUCCCCAAGGUCUUUGCGUUGGCCUUCGCCAGCGAAUGGCGGCUUUCAGAGCCGGCGACGACGAUGCUGAAAGAGAUGUUGGAGCUGAGACCGCAGUUGCUUAACCGCCUGGAGGAAUCCUUCCGCGAAUCCUUCAUCGCGCUGCUGUGUGGCUUCCUUCGCCUGGGCGAGGUGCUCGGCACACAGCAGCUGGCUGGCUUGGGUGAGGUCUAUGCCGAACGCUUCCGCAAGCAGAAGCUUCGCUGGGCGGGGAAAGCCUUGCGCGACGGCUUUCUGCGGAAGGCCUUGCAGCAACUGCAGAAAGUGCCCACGGGCCAGUGCGAGGAAGAUGACGGUGAUGGGUGGAUCGACCGCUUCGCCGAGUUGGCCGCCUUGGGCGUCGGGGCUCCUGGCCGACGUCGAGCGGAGGCGUCUCACAGUGAAAGGAAGGAGUCGGUUGCAGCCGCGCAGCAGCUACCGCUCCGUCAGCGGCAACAACUGCUGUACUCCCAGAUAUCCAGCGAUUUGAUCACGUCCGAAGCCUGGCCAGCCUUCAAUCCUCCAAUCCAAUUGGCGAUCCUGCGAUCCAGUUCAUUGCCGGAGCCAUCAGCUGCUCGGUCGGCGUUCCGGGAGGCGUUCCAGGGGCUGCCGGCACCUGUGGCAUCGCGAUCCGCCGCCACCGGAGCAGGCGAGUUCGACGUGGGCGGGGAGAAGGUCUUCCUGUCCGCACUUUCGGUGGUCACAAGUGUGGUCCUGAAGAGCGUGAUGAAACGAGAAUACAAUCUCUCAGCAGAGCAAUGUGCGACCUUCAAUCCAAGGGACAUCCGACAGGAACGCAUUGGUCGAUCGAUGGCCAUGUUCCAGCGCGAGGGGGCUGGGACGAACCCUGUGCGGAACCGCUUUCCCGCGGCCGAGUGGCUGGAAAAGGUGAUGCCCUUGGUGAAGAACUUCUCCAACUCCCCCGAGAUCGCGGCCUACAUUUGGGAGCUCACCGAUGCCGAUCCCUGGGAUGACAGCCGUGCGCGGCACGAGCACAAGCUCUCCGCGCUCGAGGGCCGCCGCACCAGGGGCAGCCGCGCCGCUGCCGGCGCGGCGCAGGCGGCGACGCCCAGCCGCGCGGGGCGGAAGCCGAAGACGAAGAUGGAGCCGAAGAAGAAGGGGCGGAGGCAGGGUGUCCUUCUUUUCUUUCCCCUUUUCGAGAAGACAUUUCUUGGGCGAAGAUGGGUUUUGGGCGAAGUGGAUGGGAGUUACACCUCGGAGUAG